AUGUGUGCUCCUAAGAUGAGACUCUAUUGUACCUGGCAUGUGGACAGAGCAUGGAAAACUAAUAUCAAGCGGAAAAUUUCAGAUCUGGAUAAAAGAAAUGAGGUGUAUCGGCUCAUUAAAUCAGUGUCAAUGCUGAGAAAUGUAAGUAUGUUUCAGGAAUCACUGCAAAAAGCACUGCAGAAGCUCAGUAGUGACCCUGACACAUCAGAAUUUGUUUCAUACUUCAAGACACACUAUGAGGGAAAUGUGGAGUGUUGGGCCUACUGUCACAGAAUGUAUGCCAGGCUCAAUACCAACAUGCAUGUGGAGAGUAUGCAUAGGACGUUAAAGGAAAUACAUGGUAAUGCAAGACAGAUAAAACGACUGGACAAAGGCAUAUCUACACUAAUGUCCCUAGUUACAGCCAAGAUGUUUGACUGGCUUAUAGCAAAUGUAAAAGGGAAGGUUACAAGCAAAGUUCAAGACAUUCGUAAUAAACACAAAACUAGUUUGUUAAUGGACAAGGACCUCAUCACUGAGGUAGAUGGUGGUUGGGAAGUGCCAUCCACAUCAUCUUCAGAGGUCUACAUUGUUAAAGAUAACAGAGUCAACUGUGAGUGCAAAUUAAAAUGUAGUGAUUGCAAUGUGUGCAUACAUAGGUUUUACUGUACAUGUAUGGAUUACAGUAUUAGAUUCAAUAUGUGUAAGCACAUUCACACUGUUUGCCGAGAUGACAGUGUCGGUGAAAAUCCCCUGCAAAGUCCAGAGGUACUGGGUACUGAUGUUGAUGCCACCAGCGAGAGAGCAGCAAUAUUAGCUGAAGUAAGCACAAAAUAUGUUUCAAAAACACCAAAAUCUUUGUUAGAAGGGAGACAGAAGCUUAUUUCAGAGAUUUCCAAUUUUGUCAGUGGAAUGACUGAGACUGAACUUCAGUUGGCCAAAAAAACUGUGUUAUCCUUAAAGGCAAAUGUAGGAGCUGUUCGAGCUCGAAACAGUAAUUUCAAACAAACAGAUAAGGGCCAUAAAAGAAAGCUAAUACCACAGAGGAGGCUGUUUUCUACCAAGAAGAAAACAGCACGUAAUAUUUCUCUGGCUGUUCCAAAUGCUGAAGAAAGAUGUGAAGUAGUAAAAUCACUUCUGAAUGAGGUACCUGUCAACUUUGUGUGA